AAUGUAGUUUCAGUUCAGUUCAGUAUUGAUCUCAUCUUGACGCAUUCAACAUACCACACAAGUGGAACCAACAAGUCCAAUUGAGUUUAUAAUCAUAGUGUUUGUUGGUCAUCCAAAUUGCAAUGGAUGCAAGUGCAGAUCUGUUCAAAUUUAAGUGGUCGCGUCCAGAAACAUCAGAAUUUCCGAAAAUUUGGAAAACUUUUUUUGCUCCCGAUAUAAGGAGUAAAGAGUUGGUUGAGUACCGCAUUCAAGAUCUACCAGAAUCUCGAUUCGAAGAUGCAAUAAAGCAUAUGGCGGCGAACUAUCUAAAAGAUGAACCAAUGACCUUUGCCCUCAAUGGCUCAAAUGAUGAACAACACAGAGCCGAUUAUACGUUGGGAUGGAGAUCAGUUCUAGCACAGAAAACCGUUUUGGUUUGUUUCAAAGCCGGAUCCGAUGAGAUCGUUGGAGUCAAUUUUAAUUUCGUGAACAGUCAAGAGGACAAUUUUUUCAAAAACUUUGUGGAUCGUUGCGUCAGUAACAUCACAAAAACGGUCUUCGAUGUAAUAUCGUUGAUGUACAGGAGUUUCGAUCCGUUUAAACAUUACGGAGUGAACAAUUAUUUAGGAUCACUGGGCUUGUCGGUUGAUCGGAAAUAUAGAGGUCGGGGUGUUGGAGUUCAGCUUCUUGAUGCUAGAAAAGCGUUUUGUAAAGAAUUCUGCUUGAGUUUGACCCACACAAUAUUUUCGUCUAAUUUUUCCAACAAAAAUGCAGACAAAGUUGGUUUCAAGACAGACGUUGCAUUAAGUUUCCAAGAAGUUUUAAAGACUCAUCCCGACUGGCCGAUUUCACAGACUCUAAGCAAAGAGUUGACUGUAAAAUCAUUGUUGAUUUAACCAACUGAAAAGGUAAGUCUUCUGUAAGCGAGCGCAAAAACGUAAAGGUCAUGUAGAAAAAUUGUAUGUUAAAUCAAAUGAAGUAAAAGAACUUUUAUCAAAAUGCUGUUGAGUCGUUUUGUUGGCUUC